UUCAUAUUUUUAACCCAAAAUGUGCAAAAUCCCUAGCUAGUUGUAUUCCCUCGGGGCCUCUUCUCUGACCUCCCUAGUUCGUCGACUUACAGCUGCGCCUAUUCCCUUCUCAUCUCUCUUAAUUUGUUGGAUCAAGAGAAGGGGAUUGUGAGUCCUUGUCGCCGAGGUCAUUGUUCACUAGCUCGCGUGGUUCCGCGAGAGCAAUUCAGUCGAUUGUUGCUGUUUCACUGGUUUCGUCGUGAGUUACUGAUUCAGUCUAGUGUUUCUGGCAAGUCAAGAUUGAUUCAGUUGCUGUCCCUGAAUCAAUCGCGUUUCCACAGGCCCCAUUGUACACUAGGAAGGCAUAUCAGAUAUAAAGUGGAGCUUUUGGAAUUAUGGAAAAGGGUGCAGGCUUAGAAUGUUUAUCUGAUAUGGAUGAUCUAGCAAGUACAUUUGCGAAGUUGAACAGAGUUGUCACAGGACCAAGAAAUGUUGGAGUUAUUGGAGAUAGAGGAUCUGGAUCCUUUUCAAGGGAAAGUUCAUCUGCCACUGAUUGGGCACAAGAUGAAGAACUUGCUAGUUGGUUAGAUCAGCAAAUGUUUGAUAUUGAAAAUGCUCAGGAAGCCAAGAGAUGGUCAUCACAGCCUCAAUCUUCAUCUGCUCGUUUCUCAGAAUCAAAACUUUUGUACAGAACUUCCUCGUAUCCCCAGGAGCAACCACAGUUGCACCGCUUCUCAAGUGAACCAAUUCUUGUACCCAAAUCAAGUUUCACAUCUUUCCCCCCUCCAGGUGGCAGAAACCAACAGGCUUCACAUGAUCACUUGAAUAACUCCUCUCUUACUAGUGCACCACAGCCCUUCUCUGCUCCCAACUUUUCCCCUUCGUCCAACUCUAAUCUUCAUCUGGCUGGCAUGCAUCAUGGGUUACGUUACCAUGGAAAUAUGCCUGCAAUCACCUCUCCUGGCCAUUCUUUUAGUAGCAGGCCACAAAAUCACUGGGUUAACAAUGCUGGUCUACUCCAAGUAGAUCAAUCUAGCCUCUUACAAAGCAUAUUGCAGCAGCAAUUAUCCCAUAAAAAUGGUCUAAUGUCUGCACAGCUGAUGUCACCACAGCAGCAGAGACUGCAUACUGGAAUCCAGCCAUCUUUGGCUCAUUUUGCAGCAGUGCAAUCCCACCUUUAUAAUGCCCACCCUUCAUCAGCACAUAAAAUGGUGUUUGGAUUAUCGGAUCAAAAACACAAAUCGCAAAAGGGCAGACAGAAUACUCGUCUCUCUCAACAAAGCUCUGAUGCUAGCAGUCAGAAAAGUGAUGGUGGUGGUUUUCAAUUUAGAUCAAAGUACAUGACAGCUGAAGAGAUAGAAAGUAUUCUGAAAAUGCAGCACGCUGCCACACAUAACAAUGACCCAUAUGUAGAUGAUUAUUAUCAUCAAGCUAGUCUUACCAAAAGAUCUGGAGGAUCCAGAGCAAAACAACAUUUCUGCCCAUCUCAUAUGAAAGAGCUUCAUUCUCGAGGUCGUAACAGCACAGACCAGCAAUCUCAUCUACAUGUUAAUGCUGUUGGGAGGAUUCCUGUGCCUUCCAUACGUAAGCUACAGCCUCUUCUUGAUGUUGAUGCACCUGGUUCUGCUGACAGAAACUCUGAAGAAAUAUCUGAGAGGUCUCUAGAACAGGAACCAAUGUUUGCUGCUAGAAUUGCUGUUGAAGAUGCCCUAUGUCUUAUUCUUGAUGUGGAGGAUAUUGAUCGGUUUCUACAGUUCAAUCAUCCCCAAGAUGGUGGGUCUCAACUCAGAUAUAAGCGUCAGAUAUUGCUUGAAGGAUUAGCCACAUCACUUCAGCUUGUUGAUCCACUUGGCCAAAGUGGCAGCACAGUAGGCCUGGCCCCCAAGGAUGAUAUUGUGUUCCUUAGAAUAGUUUCUCUUCCCAAGGGUCGAAAGUUUAUCUCUAAGUUCCUUCAGCUUCUUUUACCUGGUAGCAAACUCACCCGAAUUGUCUGUAUGGCUAUUUUCCGUCACCUGAGGUUUUUGUUUGGCAGUGUUUCUUCAGAUACAGGAGCAGCUGAGGCAACUAUGAAUCUUGUGAAGACUGUCUCAGCGUCUGUUAACAGCAUGGAUCUUCAUGCACUGAGUGCUUGCCUUGUUGCGGUUGUUUGUUCUUCUGAGCAGCCACCAUUUAGACCUCUUGGUAGUCCAGCUGGAGAUGGUGCCUCUGUUAUUUUGAAGUGUCUUCUUGAGAAGGCAACUAAACUAUUAAAUGAUCCCCAUACGGCAGCCAACUGUGGUGGACCUAAUUUUGCUCUCUGGCAGGCAUCAUUUGAUGAAUUUUUUGAUCUUCUUACCAAGUAUUGCCUGAUUAAAUAUGAUACAAUACUGCAAUCACUCUAUGCAAAGGACCCAACUAGCACAGAAAGUAUUGAUGUAGAAGUACGUGCAGCUACAAAAUUUGAAAUGCCUGUGGAACUUUUACGGGCGUGCCUUCCUCAUACUAAUGAACGCCAGAUGGAACUUUUAAGACAUUUUGGGCAGCAACGCAAUCCCAUUACCGGAAGUGGUCUCAUAAACUCGGAAACUGUAAGGAGUUAACAGGAAAGAACUGAAGAUAUCUUAAAAGGGGUCGUUCUCUGCACAUCCCUCAUGGAUACUUUGGUGGAAUGCAAUUGCGAAGGUAUUGGUGAUCAGAAAAGAUGACCAUUUACUGGGGGAAUAUUUACAGGCUAUCUGUUUAAUUAUUUUUCCUGAAUUAUCGUCAAGAAUGUGUUAGAUGAAAAGUAUUCCUCCGGGAGUUGGUGACUGGAAGAAACUUUUAUUGUGAGGAGCUUUAUUUCGUCUUAAACCGCAAGAAAAAUUAGAUGCACAGGAGAUGAAAUGUACAGGGUGGUCUUAGAAACAUCAGAAGUCCUCUUUUAUCUGCCAUAUUAAUUUGAAGAUGCUUGUGAUUCAAAAAUGGCAAGAUGUAUUCAGAUAGAGGGAUGUAAUAAAUGCAACAAUCGUUGGUUUGGGGAGGGAGGGGAAGAGAGGAAAUUGAUGAUCUUCAGUUAAAUUAGCCCAUAACUUGCAUGAUAACCUGGGGUGAAUUCAUCGUCCCCGAACAACUUGUGGCUCUGUAACAAUGCGGUUUUUUAAAUAUUAAAUUGUAACACAAAUAUCUCGACUUUAAAUUUCAAGUAACAUUAAAAUCCUUGUUUACUUA